UACAACACUACAAGAACAUUGCUCUUCGUCAUUGUAGACUAAAGCAUGUGCUCUUCUUCUUUUUCUUCUUCUUCUCAUACGAUUCCAGCAGCGCUGGCCAUCCUCUUAGCCUUGCUUCUCCAUUGGUCUCGCGCGCAACUGAGCCCCUCGUUCUACGACAUGACAUGCCCCGGCUUGUCUGACAUCGUCCUCGACGUCGUUCUGCAGGCGCAGAUCUCGGACCCCCGGAUGCCAGCGAGCCUCAUCAGACUCCAUUUCCACGACUGCUUCGUGGAUGGGUGCGACGCGUCGGUGUUGUUAGACAACAGUGACACCAUCGUGAGCGAGAAGGAUGCGGUCCCCAACGCCAACUCCGCUCGGGGCUUCGACGUGAUCGACGCCAUCAAGAGCGCCGUGGAAGAAACAUGCCUUGGAGUUGUCUCCUGCGCUGACAUCCUCGCUCUGGCAGCUGAGGCUGCCGUAAGCUUAUCCGGAGGUCCAUCAUGGGAAGUGCAGCUGGGAAGAAGAGACGGCACCACCGCCAACAUAUCUGGCGCCAACAACCUCCCCGGACCCGUCGACACCCUCGCCGUCCUGCUGUCCAAAUUCGCCGCCGUCGGCCUCGACGACACCGAUCUCGUCACCCUAUCAGGAGCCCACACCUUCGGGCGUGCGCAGUGUAAGUCCUUCGCCGCCCGCCUCUACAACUACAGCGGCACGGAGAGGCCAGACCCGAGCUUGGACUCCGCCUACCUGGCCCUGCUGCAGGAUCAAUGCCCCGACGGAGAAGACGGGACGAGCCUCAACGAUCUCGACCCGACCACCCCCGACGCCUUCGACGGCAACUACUACUUCAACCUUCAGAACGGGCAGGGGCUUCUGCUGUCGGACCAGGAGAUCUACGCGGGCGCCGGAACGGCCGCCAUUGUCGACGGCUACGCAGGUGACGAGAGCGGCUUCUUUGAGAGCUUUGCUGCGUCGAUGAUCAACAUGGGGAAUAUUAGUCCACUGGCAGGGAGUGAGGGGGAGGUGAGGCUCAACUGUAGGCAGGUCAACGCAAGCUAAGUUGCUGGGAAUUGCAGGUCUCGUCAUGGCUGCUCCUCCAUGAAGUUCUGUACUGCCUGUUGCGUCCUAUGUUUGUUACGAGAGUGCGGAGAUGCUUUCAUGUUUGAACCAAUCUAAACUCUUGAUUUAGUUGAA